GAUAGAAAGGGGACAAGAAUAAGCAGUUAGGAGGCCAGGACACAAGAAGUUAAAGAGCGCCUAAUAUAUACAUGUUUUUGAAGGCGGGCAGAGGGGGGAAAAGUGCCCCCAGCGAGGGUCUAUGGGCCUGAUUGUAUAGUUAUGAUGGAACCCCUUUUCAGCAAGAGGAACCCGCCAGAGCUGAGAUUAGCGGAUUUGGCAACGGCUCAGGCCCAACAGCUUCAGAAUAUGACAGGCUUCCCGGUGCUGGCCGGCCCGCCCGCCCACUCCCAACUCCGCGCCGCCUCCGCGCAUCUCCACCCGCGGGACCCAGACACUGACCCCGGCGCGGCCAGCACUGCGCUGGGACCCGAGCACAUGGCACAGGCCAGUGGGCACGGCCCCAGCCCUCCCGCUCAGGCGCUGCGGGGACAGCCCCAGGUUCCCGCGCCCGCCGCCCGCUCCGCGGCCUCAGAGGCGCACCCGGGAGCCCGCACCCACCCCGACGGCGGGGGCAGCGGUGGCGCGCAGGCCUCGGCGCCCCCGCCUCCAGCCCCUCCUCUUCCUCCCUCCCAGUCCCCCUCUCCCCCUCCCCCGCCUCCUCCUUCUGCCCUCUCGGGCUACACCGCCACCAACAGUGGCGGCGGCGGCAGCAGCGGCAAAGGCCACAGCAGGGACUUCGUCCUCCGGAGGGACCUUUCCGUCACGGCCCCCGCGGCGGCCAUGCACGGGGCCCCGCUCGGAGGGGAGCAGAGGUCCGGCAGCAGCUCCCCCCAGCACCCGACCCCGCCUCCCCACCCGGCCGGGAUGUUCAUCUCGGCCAGCGGCACCUACGCGGGCCGGGACGGUGGCGGCCCCGCGCUCUUUCCCGCGCUGCACGACUCUCCGGGUGCUCCUGGCGGGCACCCGCUCAACGGCCAGAUGCGCCUGGGGCUGGCGGCCGCUGCAGCGGCUGCGGCCGAGCUGUACGGCCGCGCGGAGCCACCCUUCGCUCCGCGCUCAGGGGACGCGCACUACGGGGCGGUGGCGGCCGCUGCAGCCGCCGCCUUGCACGGCUACGGAGCCGUGAACUUAAACCUGAACCUGGCUGCGGCCGCGGCGGCCGCGGCGGCCGCGGGGCCCGGGCCCCACCUGCAGCACCACGCGCCGCCCCCGGCGCCGCCGCCAGCGCCCGCGCAGCAACCUUACCACCCCCACCUCCCGGGGGCGGCCGGGGCCUUCCUGCGCUACAUGCGGCAGCCAAUCAAGCGGGAGCUCAUCUGCAAGUGGCUGGACCCGGAGGAGCUGGCCGGGCCGCCGCCGCCGCCGCCUGCGGCCAGCGGCGCCAAGCCCUGCUCCAAAACUUUCGGCACCAUGCACGAGCUGGUGAACCACGUCACGGUGGAGCACGUGGGCGGCCCGGAGCAGAGCAGCCACGUCUGCUUCUGGGAGGAAUGUCCGCGCGAGGGCAAGCCCUUCAAGGCCAAGUACAAGCUCAUCAACCACAUCCGCGUGCACACCGGAGAGAAGCCCUUCCCCUGCCCGUUCCCGGGCUGCGGCAAGGUCUUCGCGCGCUCCGAGAACCUCAAGAUCCACAAGCGCACUCAUACAGGGGAAAAGCCUUUCAAAUGUGAAUUUGAUGGCUGUGACAGGAAGUUUGCCAACAGCAGUGAUCGAAAGAAACAUUCCCAUGUUCACACCAGUGACAAGCCCUACUACUGUAAGAUCCGAGGCUGUGACAAAUCCUAUACUCACCCAAGCUCUCUGAGGAAACACAUGAAGAUUCACUGCAAGUCCCCCCCACCUUCUCCAGGAGCCCUUGGAUACUCAUCAGUGGGGACUCCGGUGGGUGACACUUUAUCCCCUGUGCUGGACCCAACUAGGAGUCGAUCCAGCACUCUGUCCCCUCAGGUGACCAACCUCAGUGAGUGGUAUGUUUGCCAGGCCAGUGGGGCCCCCAGCCACCUCCACACGCCUUCCAGCAAUGGAACCACCUCUGAGUCUGAAGACGAGGAAAUGUACGGGAACCCUGAAGUUGUGCGGACGAUACAUUAGAAUGAUUAUUAGUGAGUGAGAUAGUAAGUGGGAGUCCUUGGACCAUAUCCUAACCUGAGACAAUGCCGAGCCUGAGACUAACUGGUGACUCAGACUUGCCACCGGGUCUAAUUAGCCCUAUUUAUUCAGUAUGAAACCCUAUGGUGUUUGUACAUUUAAUUAAUUUAAUUAAGGU